AUGAUUCUUGAAUUCUUCUGGUCCUCGGCGAACUUUGUCGUUGUUGCCGCCUACUUUAUCCGCAAAUGGCAACAUCUACAACUGGUUCUGUCAACACCAACAAUUCUCUUUCUAACGUACUACUGGUUUAUGCCGGAAUCUCCCCGCUGGUUGAUCAGCAAGAAGAGAUAUGCAAAGGCGGAUGCAGUGAUACGCCAUGCUGCGAAGGUCAACAAAGUAACCUUGCCGUCUGACCUGUCCCUUGGAAAUAUACUGGACAGCGAUAGAUCAGAACCUAUGUGGACCAUAUUAACAAGCCCAACCCUUGUAGCAAGAUGUACCAUUGUCUUUCUAAAUUGGUUGGUAUGUAGUCUGGGGUAUUUCGGUCUCGGCCUCAAUGUGGCAAGUCUCGGUGGCAGCGUCUACGCCAACAGCCUCAUCGCAGGAGCAACAGAAUUCGUCUCCAUCAUCGUCUGCAUUCUCCUUCUGGACCGCAUCGGCAGGAAGUCCCUACAUUGUGCGGCCAUGAUCCUUGGUGGCAUCUGCUGCACCGCCACAAUCCUGCCUGUCUUGUAUGGAUCUGGAGAUCUCAACUGGAUAACCAUAAUGCUGGCACUUGUGGGUCGAGCUUUCGUAUCUGCAAGCUUCGCAGUUGUCACGCUGUACACUUCUGAGUUGUUUCCAACGGUCGUCAGGAACUCAGUGAUGGCCGUUGCAUCUAUAUGUUCGAGAAUAGGAGGAGUCAUAUCACCCUAUAUCGCCAACUUGGCACUCGUGAUUCCUGGCGACUUUGGACGGGCUGUUCCACUGAUUAUAUUCGGGGUUUCGAUGGUUGGGGCUGGUGUGUUGGCCUUACUUCUACCGGAGACACUCAACAAAAAUCUCCCAGAGUCCAUAGAUGACGCCAAGAAGAUGGGGAGGGUCAACCACAAGUUUGAUGCAUCCCAUGUUGAUGUUAACAACCAUGGACAUUACGAGGAAGGAAUACAUUUGAAUGGCAAACAGAGAGGAAGAAUGCAAAUCAUCAUGGACAACAUUUAGACAGACAGAUUCAGCUCUCAUAUGUGGGUCAAGGGCACAAUGGUAUUUUGUUGUAGAAAAAUUCGUCGCGGAGCACCAUUUGUAUAUCGGACCUGAAUAGAUGUACACGUUUUGUUUAAUUAAUUUAUCAAUUUAUCAUCUUUCUUUCAAAUGUCUUUUCAUUAACUGUACACAUUUUCUUAGUGUUGGAUACGCAUAAUACUAGUCAGGCAGGGAUUUAAUUCUUAUAUCUACAUAUACUGGACAUAUACUCAACUGCAAAAGAAUGUUUUUGUUUGUGAAAUACACAAAAUGGUAGUUUGUGAAAAGAAAUGUAUACACACGUAAAGAGACGCUCUGAGGAAACACUGUUCACUAUUUCCAUCAUUCUUUUUGAGCACGUCCCAGGAACAAGUCGUUUCGUCUAGGCGCAGUGCAAACAAAUCACAUGCUAAAAUGCGUGUCAAUAAUUUAUAUGCCACCAUAUUGACAGGUACCAUGGUUCGAUUAACUGAACUGAGGACGAGCGUUGUCCUGUUGAAAUGUCAAUCCCGGGCCAUGACG